AUCUCCAUAGAUCCCCAAUUCCCCAUUCUGCAACCCCCACUCCCAAACCCUAGGCUAGCGAGCACACAACCUCUGUGUGCCCGCCAUGGCCGCCACCGCGAAGCCCCCGCUGAAGUCCAGCUCCUCGCACAACUCCGCCGCGGGGGCCGUCGCCGGGAAGACCAUCGAGGAGAUGUACCAGAAGAAGACGCAGCUGGAGCACAUCCUGCUGCGCCCGGACACCUACGUCGGCUCCGUCGAGAAGCACAAGCAGAAGCUCUGGGUCUACGAGGACGGCGCCAUGGUCCACCGCGAGGUCGAGUACGUCCCCGGCCUCUACAAGAUCUUCGACGAGAUCCUCGUCAACGCCGCCGACAACAAGCAGCGCGACCCCUCCAUGGACGCCCUCCGGGUCACCAUCGACGUCGCCGGCUGCUGCAUCUCCGUCUACAACAACGGGGACGGCGUCCCCGUCGAGAUCCAUCAGCAGGAGGGCAUCUACGUGCCCGAGCUCAUCUUCGGCCACCUCCUCACCAGCAGCAACUACGACGACCACGAGCGGAAGACCACCGGCGGGAGGAACGGCUACGGCGCUAAACUCACCAACAUCUUCUCCACGGAGUUCGUCAUCGAGACUGCUGAUGGACGCAGGCAGAAGAAGUACAAGCAGGUUUUCUCUGGGAACAUGGGGAACAAGUCUAAGCCUGAGAUUACAAAGUGCAAGCAGUCUGAGAACUGGACCAGAGUUACCUUCAAGCCUGACCUUGAAAAGUUCAAUAUGAGUGAGCUCGAAAAGGAUGUCGUGGCACUCAUGAAGAAGCGAGUUGUUGAUAUGGCCGGCACCCUUGGCAAAACCGUGAAGGUUGAGCUAAAUGACCAGAAGGUGCCAGUAAAAUGCUUCUCAGAAUACGUGCAACUGUAUAUUGACUCUGCUAACAAAGAUGGAAUGGAGCGACAAAGUCUCCCCCUAAAGGUAAAUGAUCGUUGGGAGGUGUGUGUGAGUUUAACCGAAGGGCAGUUUCAGCAGGUCAGCUUUGUGAAUGGAAUUGCAACCAUAAGAGGUGGAACUCAUGUUGAACAUGUGGCAAACCAAAUUGCCAGCCAUGUGAUAGAGGCUGUGCACAAGAAAAACAAAAAUGCUAAUAUGAAGCUGCAUACUGUUAAGGGCCAUUUAUGGGUCUUUGUUAACGCGCUCAUUGACAACCCUGCCUUUGAUUCACAAACCAAGGAGACCUUGACAACUCGUCAGGGAAGCUUUGGGUCGAGGUGUGAUCUUCCUUUAGAUUUCCUUAAGAAAGUUGCUAACUCUGGUAUUGUGGAGAAUCUCCUUUCUUGGGCUGAUUUCAAGCUAAAGAAAGAUCUAAAGAAGACUGAUGGAACCAAGAGGUCAAAUAUUCUUGGCAUUCCUAAGCUCGACGAUGCAAAUGACGCUGGUGGCAAGGAAUCUGAUAAGUGCACCUUGAUACUUACUGAAGGAGAUUCAGCAAAGGCUCUAGCUAUGGCUGGUAUAGGUCAAGUUGGAAGGGAUCAUUAUGGUGUGUUUCCUCUUAGGGGUAAAUUACUAAACGUGAGGGAAGCAAGCCCUAAGCAGUUGAUGGAGAAUGCAGAGAUCCAGAAUAUAAAGAAAAUACUUGGUCUGCAGCAUGAUAAGAAAUAUGAUAGCACGAAUGGCUUGAGAUAUGGCCAUCUCAUGAUAAUGACAGAUCAGGACCACGAUGGUUCCCACAUCAAAGGGCUGUUGAUCAACUUCAUUCACAAGUGCUGGCCAUCUCUCCUCAAAGUUCCAUCCUUCUUGGUUGAGUUCAUCACUCCAAUUAUCAAGGCAACCAAUAACAGGAGCAAAUCUGUCCUGUCAUUUUACUCAAUGCCAGACUAUGAAGAAUGGAAAGAGAAGCUAGGAGGAAAUGCAAGUGCUUGGACUAUAAAGUACUACAAGGGGCUUGGGACCAGCACAGCUGAAGAAGGUCAGGAGUACUUUGAACAUAUUGCCAAGCACAAGAAGGAUUUUGUCUGGGCGGAUGAACAAGAUGAUAUUUCAAUUGAAUUAGCAUUCAGCAAGAAAAAGAUUAGUGAACGGAAGAACUGGCUGAGCAACUUUCAGCCUGGAACUUGUCUUGAUCAGCGCGAAAAACGCAUCAAGUACAGGGACUUUAUCAAUAAAGAGCUGAUACUCUUCUCGAUGGCAGACCUUGAACGGUCAAUACCUUCAAUGGUUGAUGGUCUUAAACCAGGCCAGAGGAAGAUUUUGUUUUGCUCGUUCAAGAAGAACUUGGUUAAAGAGGCUAAGGUGGCACAGUUCAUUGGUUAUGUGUCAGAACACUCAGCAUACCACCAUGGUGAGCAGAGUCUGGCAAGUACUAUUCUAGGAAUGGCUCAAGAUUUUGUUGGCAGCAAUAAUAUAAAUCUCUUGGAACCCCUUGGCCAAUUUGGCACCAGAAAUCAGGGAGGCAAAGAUAGUGCUAGUGCAAGGUACAUCUACACCAGAUUAUCGCCUGUCACUCGCUUAAUUUUCCCAAAGGAUGAUGAUGUUCUUCUGAACUAUUUGAAUGAAGAUGGGCAGUCUAUUGAACCAACCUGGUUUGUACCAAUCAUUCCCAUGGUUUUGGUCAAUGGGAGUGAAGGCAUUGGCACUGGAUGGAGCUCCUAUGUCCCAAACUAUAAUCCAAGAGACAUUAUUGCUAAUCUGAAACGAUUGCUAAAAGAUGAGCCUGCUGAGCCAAUGGAUCCUUGGUACAAGGGGUUCAAGGGCUCUAUUGAGAAAACUAUUAAGGCAACUGGUGUAACAUAUACCAUGACUGGUAUUAUAGAUGCUCCGAAUGAUAGUAUGCUGAAAAUUACGGAGCUGCCAAUCCGUCGUUGGACAGGAGACUACAAAGACUACCUUGAAUCCAUGUGUGCGGAGAGCGGCAAGGAGAAAGACAAAGAAAAGGGUAAGGAUAAGAAUAAGGACAAGACCAAGAAGAAGGAUAAGGAUAAAGACAAGGAAAAGGAACCACCAUUUCUCGAGACUGUUAGGUCCUAUUCCGAUGAUGUCAAUGUGGAUUUUGAGGUCACCUUGAGUGAGGAAAACAUGAAUAUCGCUAAGCAAGAAGGCCUUGUGAAGAAAUUCAAGCUGACAUCCACACUGGCAAUAACAAACAUGCACUUGUUUGGUCCGGAUGGCAAAAUUAGAAAGUACGAGACCCCAGAGGAAAUACUUGAAGAAUUCUUUACACUGAGGCUUGAAUACUAUGUUAAAAGAAAGGAUGCUUUGUUCAAAAAUAUUACACUGGAAAUGAGGAAGCUUGAUGAAAAAGUACGGUUUAUUCUUGCUGUUGUCGAGGGUGAGAUUGAAGUCAAUAACAGGAAGAGGGCCGAGUUAUUUCAGGAGCUGAAGCAGAAGGGUUAUGAAAGUUUCCCAAAGAACAAGAAGAAGAAUGAGCCAGUUGCUGCAGGAGCUACAGAUGAUGAUGAUGGAAAUGAAGAGAGCCCUGCUGAUGGUGCAGAUGCUGAAGAUGCUAGUGGUUAUGAUUACCUCCUCUCAAUGUCAAUUGGUACCUUGACUCGUGAGAAGGUACAGCAGCUCAUUGCUCAGCAGGAGAAUUUAAGUCUUGAAGUUGAGAGACUGAGGCUAACAGAACCAAAAGCACUUUGGUUUAAAGACCUUGAUGCUCUUGAGAAGGAACUGGAUAAACUCGACGCAAUCUAUCAAAAGGCCCAGGAGAAAAGAAGAGCUGCACAGGAAAAGAACAGGAAGAAGAAGGAAGCGGAAACUAAAGCAGCACCCAAGAGACAGCCUAAGAAGGCUUCUGUCAAGUCUGAGAAGGCUGGGAGUGAUGAUGAGGACUACGGAGCACCAAUGCCGAAAGCAGCAGCACAAAAGAAGAAACCAGCCAAGAAGGCAAGUGCACCGGUGAAAGAAGAAGAGGAGGAAAUGCUCGAACUGAAAGACCGUCUGGCGGCUUAUAGUAUUAAUGACUCAUCUCCAGACCUUCGUGCCAUGGAUAUUGAGACUACAGAAGGCCAGCAGAAAGGAAAGAAAGGGAGGAACGCACCAAUCAAAAGAGGCGCAGCAAAGAAGGCCAUGUCAUCCUUGAUUGAGUUGUCUGAUGAGGACAUAGCAGUGCCCACCGAUGAGAGUGAGGACGAAGAGUUUGCCAUGACCGAAGCACCAGUUGAGAAGAAAGCUAGAGGAAGAAAACCUGCUGCUGAGAAGCCAAAGAAUACUGCAGCCAGGAAGAGGGCGCCAGCUCCAAGCAAAGGCAUGAUGCAGAAGGUUCUGGAAGAGACAUUUAAACCUGUGGAUGACAGCAACACCAGCGCUCCUUCACCUGAGAAGAAGGUGCGGAAGAUCAGGGCCUCCCCCUUCAACAAGAAAAGCAGCUCGAUUCUGCAGAGAGCGUCAACAAGCACAGAAGAUGCUGAUGCUCCUCCCUCCGGUAGCUCUGCUGAGCCUGUUGCACCGAGAAGGACAGUUCGGGAGAGGAAGACGACGUUAACCUACGUCGAGUCUGAGAGUGAAGACAAGGACUCUGACGAUGAAGAUGUGCUGGAUGUGAGCAAUGACUCUGAAUACUCCGAUGACGACUAGAGCUUCUUAGCUCAGCUGCACCAAAACUGCCUGGUGUGUAGUGACUGUCCGUUUAGUUUCUGAAACAUUUGGUUAGCUCAUCUGAUGCAUUGGUGCUUGCUCAGGUGCAUCUCUUGUGCGUCAUAUACUUUGUUAGGUUGCCGAGACAUUCAGUGUGCUAAUCGAUUUGAGACUAUGCUAGUUCUUGUGGAAUCUGUUCUCUUUUCUAUAGUUCUGAAAUCCACCAGGUACUUGUGGCAUAUUGCUUGUUUCUCAAUCAAUAAAAUAGGUCCGUUAUUGAUGGUGGUGAA